UGCUGAUGAAGACCUAAGUAGCGGGGACUUUUCAUUCACUCUCUUUCAGCCUCUUCGAGAAGACGGGCUGGCAUGGGUAACGCAGUUGUCAGCCCGCAGCCAGGUGAAAUUGGACAAUGACUUUCAAUCUCAACUUCCUGCCAGUACACAGAUCUAAGCAAGUUUUAAAGACGGCCUGGGGGAUAAGCUCUUGGUGCUGGCCUGGUUCAGUCACAGAAGGAGGGCUCUCAGCCUCCAAAGAGUGGCUGCGUCGGUUCCUACUUCUGAAGCUGGUCACAGUUCUGCUGUUCCAGGGCUUCCAGGGUGCACAGCUCCCCCUUCUGGUGAGCUGUGCAUACAGCCUGCAGGCCCUGUUGCUGCUCCGUUCCCCCCACAUCUCUAUAAAGCCCUCCACUGUGCUUCUGGGUCAACUGGCUCUUGCAGACGGUCUUGUGCUGCUGAGCUGGACUCUCCAGCUUGGAGCAAAUCUGAACUGGUGGAUGGAGGAGGCAGGCUUUGAGAUUCAGACUGGCCUCAUGAAAGAGGGAGCAUCAGCAUGGCGGAGGGAGGCUGUGAGCACGUUCUGUGAGCAGCUUCUUGAUGCCCACCACCUGGCCUCUCUGCUGUUGCUGGGGCUAGUGGGAUUAGAGGCCACGCUAGUGUCACGCUGGCCUCAGCAGACUCGGAGGUUCAGGACUUCUCACUGGGCGCAGCUUAGCUGCCGCCUGGUCUGGAUACUUGUGCUGACAGAACUGUUGUUCUUGCUCCACUCAAAACUUUUGCACAACCCCAGCCCUCAGACUUAUCCUUCAACAGAAGAAAACCCUCAGACCCUCUCUCUGGGACCAGUGCCUCUCAUCUCCCUUCCAGCGUUCUCCCCUUGCCUGAGGAGGACUUUAUGGCUGCUGAAUUUAAGGCUGCACUAUGUUUUUCUUCGUGGCAAACCGAAGAGGAGAAAAAGUUCCUAUCAUUAAAAGAAUUUAAAAAUGUUAUGAAGUCAUCCAAAAGUACUAUGUAUCCUUUUCCUAUUUAUAUGAAGAAAUAAAGAAUAACUGUAUGGACCGUUACAUUAGCUCAACAGUGGCCCCUGUGGCAAAAAAGUGGUAAUUACAGUACACACAUUCAGACUCUUGCUGACUCUUGUGUUUUAUAAUGUAGGCUUCUUAUUGUUGUUAGCUGUCUUGCUCAUAAAGUAUCACAAGUCUAUGGGUGUACAAAAAAAAGGAACUCUAAAUUACACAUGCCCUUUUCACUAAAGUAAGAGACAGAGCUAAUAUUAGCAGCCUCAUUUGGCCAAGUAAGCCCAUCAAGGAAUACCCCUGAGUUAGUUCAAUAGAGAAGUUUUUUAAAUUGUUGUUUUGAACUCUCCUUGUAGUAACGCACAAGGAAGAUUGUAGUGGGAGUUUCUCUUUUUUGAGUCACUGUCUCCAGGAGUGAAAAGGCCAU